AAACACACACCGUCCCAAUCGCCCAUCGCGUCCCGACCGCCGGAGGAGAGGAAUCAGCCCCAACGACACCGCUGCCUCCCGGAGACAUGGUUCGCAGGGCUCGGCUGCCGUAGCCAAAGGACCCCAGCCCCCUCCUCCUCCCCCACACUCCCCCACUGCAUCGCCCCCCCCCCCCCCUCCCCUCCCACUCUGCCAGUCUGCGUGGAAGGAGGAGAAGCAGCAGCAGCAGCAGCGGUGAAGCAGAAGGAGGAUCCGGCAUCAGCGGCACCGCGGGGAGAAGAGAGCGUCUGCAGCCCGAGACGAGCAUCCGAUAGCCGGUCACAAGUCCCGCACACCGGGCCCCCCGCUGCACCGGAGGACGGAGACCAUCCUCCCCGCGACAGACGCUGCCUCGGCUGCAUCGGGUGGGGAAAAGCGGCCUGUCCGGCGCUGUAGACGCUGUUGUUGUCAAGGAAACCAAGAGUCCGGUCCCGUCGCCAUGGGGAAACAGAACAGCAAGCUGCGGCCGGAGAUGCUUCAGGACCUCCGGGAGAACACAGAGUUCUCCGACUACGAGCUGCAGGAGUGGUAUAAGGGCUUCUUGAAGGAUUGCCCCAGUGGCACCCUGAAUGUGGAGGAGUUCAAGAAAAUCUACGCCAAUUUCUUCCCCUACGGCGACGCCUCCAAGUUUGCGGAGCACGUCUUCCGAACGUUUGACACCAACGCCGACGGGACGAUAGACUUCCGGGAGUUCAUCAUCGCCCUGAGCGUAACGUCACGGGGCAAGCUGGAGCAGAAGCUGAAGUGGGCCUUCAGCAUGUACGACCUGGACGGAAACGGGUACAUCAGCCGCGAUGAGAUGCUGGAGAUUGUGCAGGCCAUCUACAAGAUGGUGUCGUCUGUGAUGAAGAUGCCAGAGGACGAAUCCACGCCGGAGAAGAGGACGGACAAGAUCUUCAGACAAAUGGACCUCAACAACGACGGCAAAUUGUCCCUGGAGGAGUUCAUCAAAGGUGCCAAAAGCGACCCCUCCAUUGUGCGGCUACUCCAGUGUGACCCCAGCUCGGCCUCCCAGUUCUGAAGACCCCCGUCCGUCCCGCUGCGACCCCUUGGCCCCUCACCCGCGCUGUUGCUUUUCAAUCACUCAAAUCAAUGCAUGAUGGUUUUCUCGUCUCUCAUAUCUAUUUUCUUUCGUCUGUUUUGUGUGCGAGGAUGGAGGAGGGAUUUUAAGGAGGAUAAGAAAAGCCAUCGCUAUCAUUUUGCUUUUAUUUUUUUGUUAUAUUUGGAAAAACUGAUGGGACAUUUGAGGACGAGCGUUGGUGGCCUCCACUAAUGUUCCUGGAUAUCUCUCCCUCUCUCCCUGGAACGGUGGAUUUCCAAGGAGCUCGUGACAAAGUGUGGAUUUUUCUGUCCUCCGACACGCAUGUACAUCAUGUAUAUACUGUAUGUCUCUGUACGUCACAAGAUGAAGGUCUCCUUCAUGUACGGUUCACUCUCUCUGGCAUUGAAAAGGCAGUAUUAUGUAGCACAGCUUUCCUUGUCUGAUCAGAGUGGUCGGCGAGGAUAAUGGAGAUUUUACUGCUAUAUGAUCUUUUGCUGAAAAAAAGAAGGCCUAAGAACCCAUUUGCUUUCUAUUGAUAUCUACUCGCAUUUUUGUUAUUUGUUUUUUAAAAUGAGAAGUUAUUUUUUCUUCCAUCCAGCUGUUUUAUUUAUUCAUUUUUACUUGCUUUUAAUCUGAUUCCAGUUUACAGUGACAGGGAGAGAAAGCGUGAGAUGCGAUGGAUCCCUUUGGGAGCCGUGGAUGUGUUUAGGCGCUGUAGACGCUUUUGAUCGACACCAGUAGCACAUAUCGUUUGAGCCGCCGCGUGUUUGUGACGUACGGGCUGCGCAUUCGCCGCGAAUGUAACGUGUGCAUGUGAAUCUGCAACUGUGAGCUCACGGCUGACUUUCACAGAAUUUACAUGUUGUGUUGUUUCCCAAAUUUGCAAGUAUUUAGAAGUUCUUUCGACGACGAGCAGUGAGCGUCUGAGAGAGCCGCAAGCCGUCGCCGUGCCGCAUGAUCCCACCAACUGACCACUUCCACAGGGACGGCUGACGCACGUCGGCAUAUUUUUGUAGCGCCGCAGUAUUUGUCUUGCUUUGGCACUACCCACCCCCAACAACCCCACAACCCCCCCACCCUCUGACAGACAGAGAACUCACCAAGGGCUCGCUCAUCACCCUCCAGCUGAAUGCUUUUAUGACCUCCCGUCAGUUAGACGAAGGGACUUGUUCCACGAGUUUUCAGGGUUUCCCCGCGUUGGUGGCCGUGUUCACGUUGGCGCGUUAGAUCCGGCGCGGUCUGCUAACGCGACAUCGGGAGCACCGAGGGAAGUGCAGCACGUCGACGGCAGACUGCCGCUUCUGACGUGAAGAAAAGAUGCAACUUGUAAAAGGUUCAGACAUGCAGGCUGCAGAGUGCCGGCAGCACUCACAAGGCCCCCAUCGGCUGGGCUCCAUUCACAUCUUCCCUUUACUGAGGUCAGGCAUGAAAUAACUAUAGUUACUGGUUAGUUCAUAUUUGCAAUCAAAAGAUCAGUGCAUAAAACAUACUGCGUUGCCACAAAGUAUAUGAGAAACGUCCCCUUUGAAAAGGCUUCAUUUCAACCGAAUACCAUAAUUCUUGGUGGUUUAGCGUCUCCACAAAGGUGUAGACAGACUUUACACAUCUGUAACAAAAUAAACUAACUUGUGGGAAUCGUCUCUUUAGCUCGUUGGCGUAUACCGGACUUCACAGACAAAACAUGUGAUUUAUUCAUUUCACUAGCUCACAAACCAAAUCAGUGAAUGCAGCGGGGGGGCGAAGUGAGCUCUCACCGCCGGUGCUGCCGCGUCCGCACAUUAGGCCGGACGUAGGAAGGGCAGCAAACAUCGGCGCGGGAGCCUCUUCUCUGGGAUCCCGAAGUGUCACUGCCUCCGCCUGGCAGGAUAAGGAACACCAGUUGCAGGAAUCCGGCUCGGCCCUUUUUCUCUCUCGUCGCUGCCUCUGAGGAACCGGUACCCUGCGAUGGAGAACGACCCCACCUUCUUUUGUUCUUCCUUACUAACCUCCUUUUACUUCCUAUUCUUUCUGUUGCAUGGAAACCUCUUGCGAGGAUUGUCAUGUUUGUUCCAAUGUAUCUGAAAUUGAUAUAUUGAAAUAUACUUAUGUGUUUCAAAGCUG